AUGGCGCAAUCGCCUCCUAUUCUGCGUCUUCUCGAGUUGUCGACCACUGCUGCCGAGCCUCCCACAGUCUCGAGCACUGCCCACGCAGUUACAAACCCCCGGGGCGAUCCUCAACCCCUCGAGGACGGUUUCGUGAAGAUCGUCCGCCUUGCCAGAUUCAAGCCUGGCCGCAUCCUAGAUGACAUCAAGGCCUCGUCCGGCACCCCCCAGUCCCAGUGGUUCGUGGAGAACUCCGCCUCAGUCCCCAUCCUCUUUGCUGUCGACUCUGAGACUAUUGCCGGUGCUGGCCUUCGCAAAUUUCAGCUCCAGAAGGUCAAAGAGCCUCAGACUGGCCGAGACGUCGUAACCGAGACCGGUUGUAAAUACCUCGACUCCUUGUCUGCAAUUCUUGGUGCCAAAAAUGCGAACCGCAAAAAGCACACCCCGCUGGUUCCGCCCGAACCGCGCCGAGAGACAUUCUUAUUUGGCAAGCAUUCUGUCGUCAAUGAGUUUGAGAUGCGAAAGAAGCUGGAGGCAGCCUUCGAGGAUCUGUCCUUGCUCAAGAUAAAGAAUUCGGGCGAGGGUGAGAGACGACCCUUGAUCAUUACCUGGGACAUGAAAUUCUAG